AUGAGCGACAAGGAAUGUACAGUUUUUGUCAUCGAUUUGGGCGCUGACAUGGGCGGCUGCCACCAUGGCAGACAACGCACAGACCUAGAGUUGGCUUUGUCGUAUUUUCAGGACCAAAUCUCGCGCAAGCUUUUGCUGAACAGGAAAACUGAUGUAGUUGGAAUUGUGACAUUCAAAUGCGAUGAAACAAAAAAUGACUUGGCGGAGCAAGAAGCUUACUGGAAUAUUAAUGUUAUGUAUCCAAUUCAGACGUCGUUGUUCACAAAAAUGCAAUAUGUGAAAAGCAGGCUCGUACCCAACAGAACAAUGCAGGGAGAUUUGAUAUCUGCAAUUGUUGUGUCGUUUGAUAUUAUCGCUCGAUUUUGCAAAAAAAAUAAAUGGAAGAAAAACAUGGUCGUCCUUACUGGCGCACGAGGGAUUUUUGACUUUAGCGAUUAUUUGGGAAUUGCUGAGCAAAUGGUACAGCAUGAAGUCCGAUUAAGCUUACUAGGAAUUGAUUUUGACGAUCCGAAUACUCAGACUUUCGAGUAUUCCAAAGACCCGGAGAAGAAAGAGAAUGAGCGACAGUUGAGGCAUUUUGUCGAUAGCUGUAAAGGAACCGUCCUCGUCUUUCAGGAUGUAGAAAAACGCAUAGGAGAGCCCUUGGUACAUCGGGUUCGACCUGUAAGUGUGUUUAAAGGAUCACUAACCAUCGGCAAUGAUGGCGAAAACGAAGCUUCUGUAACUAUGCAUGUAGAACGAUAUCCGAGGACACGUGCUACAAAACCUCCUACUUCAAGUGCCUUUAAUGCUGGUUCAAAGCUUCCAAAAGAGGAUGAAAAGCAAGAGCAAUUCUCAUCUUCGCAGGAAAAGCCAUGGGAAUCUAAUGCUAUAUCAACGGUUCGCUCAUACGUCGUCCGAGAUUCUCAAACAAAUGAGGUUUUUGAAGUGGAUAGAAAGGAUUUGGAAAGUGGUUACAGCUACGGACGCACAAUUGUGCCUAUAAGUCGUUCCGACGAAGAUAUUUUAGCAUUGGAGACAAAAGCAGGUUACGAAGUUAUGGGAUUUAUACCCAAAGCAAGUCUUCCAUGCUAUUAUACCAUUAGUGAAUCAAAUAUCAUUAUUCCUAGAGGAGAUGAAACGAAUAAACAAAGAUUCUCCUCUUUUGUGCAAUCUUUAGAACGCGAACAUAGAUAUGCAUUGGCGAGGUAUGUUCCGAAAGAAAGAGGCUCACCAAUUUUACUUGUUCUUAUGCCUUAUGUUGAAUCGAAGAAACACUAUCUAGUAGAUGUUCAGUUGCCCUUUGCAGAGGACGUACGGCCAUAUCAAUUUCCAGACCUUGAAGAACUGUCUGACCCUCAAGAGAAGCAACGACUAGAUGAAGCUAUGAACCACUACGUUGACAACAUGGACUUAGACUCUUCCGAAUGCCCUUUUCAACCAAAGUUUGAGCCAGAAAAUACGUAUAGCGCUGUACCCCAUCGACUGUUUCAAGUAAUAACCCAUUACGCUGAGUUUCCAAACGAAAAAUUACCAUCUCCACCGGAAUAUGUAGUUCGUUAUACUAAUCCUCCGGCGAAUAUGCUUGAUAAUUGCUCUAAGGACUUGGAUGUUAUUUCUGAAACAUUGUCUGUUAUACAGCCCUCGGAACCCAAAUAUGCUUCACAGGAAACAGCAUUGGAUAGCGGCGCCCCUAUAUCUGAGCAAGAGAUUGAUGAGCUAUUAAAUGCCGGUAUUGAUGAACAGGAAGAAAAAGCAUUGAUUUUACAUGUUAGUGAAAAGGACCCUGUGGGAACAUUUACGGAAAUUCUGAAAAAUCCAUUUGGGCUGGAAGAUGCUCUUUCUGAAAUGGAGGGCGUCAUACGAAGGCUAGUUGCAAAGGAAGAAAAUAAUUUAGCAUUACUGUCUUUACAAGCCUUGCGUGUUCAUUCAAUUUUAGAGGAUGAAGCAGAUCGCUAUAAUAAGUAUAUUAAACGAUUACAAACAGAUGUAUCAGAAGGCGUCUUGCCAAGGAACGAUGAUGCUUUGUCUAGGAUUACUUCAGAUCUCGCUCCAAUUCAGCAUGAGGAGCUAAUGAAGGCUCGUCCUCCUGAAUCAAGUGAAUGA